ACCCACUAGUCACCAAUCUUGACGAAAGGAAUCGUACCUCCUUUGAAAUUAUAGAAACAAAUCUUUCCUCUUUGGCUUCUUAAAUAUCACUUACUUCCGAGCUCCCAUAGCAUUCCAUAAGCUUUAAACUUUCAAAAAAUCACCCAUAUAAUCCAUAUAACACAAACCUUCCUACAUUCCGUCAAGAAAACCAAAAGAUGAAUCCAAAUUUUGAGAGUGGGGAGCUCAUAACAAUUCUAAGCAUCGAUGGUGGCGGUGUCAAAGGCAUCAUCCCCGGAACCGUUCUCGCCUUUCUUGAAUCCAAACUUCAGUAGGAGUUAGAUGGCCCAGAGGCGAGAUUAGCAGAUUACUUCGACGUAAUUGCAGGAACGAGUACCGGAGGAUUAGUCACGGCUAUGCUUACAGCUCCAGACAAGAACAAUCGACCGUUGUUUGCGGCGAACAAGAUUUCGGAGUUUUACAUGAAAGAAACUCCAAAGAUUUUUCCUCAACGAAGGAAUUUUCUUGGUGGAGUUCUGAACUUGUUUGGGCAAGCCAGAGGGCCAAAGUACGACGGGAAGCAGCUGAGAACGGUGGUGAAUGAUUUGGUCGGAGAUUUGAGUUUGAAACAAACACUGACCAAUGUUGUGAUUCCAGCUUUUGACAUCAAGUUUCUCCAACCAGUCAUCUUCACCACUAAUGAUGCGAAAAUAAAUGCAUUGAAGAACCCAAGGUUAGCCGAUGUGUGCUUGGCCACGUCGGCGGCGCCGACAUUUUUGCCGGCCCACUUCUUUGAAACUAAGGACGAUGUAACAAACGCCACUCGCACAUACGACGUCGUUGAUGGUGCAAUUGCAGUUAAUAAUCCCACAUUGGCAGCCAUCACACACAUAAAUAGGGAAAUAGCAGUGCAUCACAAUGCAAACUCAAGGCUGAAAGCAAAUGAUACAAGAAGGAUGCUUGUUUUAUCUCUAGGGACUGGGUUGGCUAAACAUGAAGAGAAGUACAAUGCAACACAAGCCUCAAAAUGGGGUGUUCUUGGUUGGAUUUAUAAUGGUGGUUCCACCCCAAUUAUUGACUUUUUUUCUGAUGCGAGUUCUGAUAUGGUUGAUUACCAUGUUUCCACUCUUUUUCAGUCUUCAAAUGCUGACCAAAAUUAUCUUCGCAUUCAGAUGGGCAUUGUGUAUGAACAGGAUGACUCAUUAACUGGGGAUGCUGCAUUAGUGGAUAUAGCAACUCCAGAAAAUUUACUAAAGCUUGUGAAGAUUGGAGAAGAUCUACUGAAGAAACCAGUGUCAAGGGUUAAUUUAGAAACAGGAAAAUAUGAGAUUGUUGAUGGAGAAGGUAGCAAUGAGGAAGCUCUCACCAAGUUUGCAAAAUUGCUUCAUCAAGAAAGAAACUUAAGACUAAGUUAGCUAAUUAGCUAAGACUUCUGUAUUGUCUGUCACAUGUGCUUUGGGAUGUUUUUUGUAUUAAUUUUGAGGAUAUCUGGUGUGGAAUUGGGAUUUGCCCCCUUCUGUUAUUCUUCAUCAAAAUAAUUUAUUUAAUGAAUUAAGUAAUAAAAGGUAGUGUUCUAUGUGGAUUCACAUGAACCAUA